CGAUGUUGACGCUGGAGUAAAGAUGGCGCGCGGCGGCGGCGGCGGCGGUUCCGGCUUCCUCUCCCCGGCCCGGGCAGCGUCGGGCGGGCUCCUCCUGGCCCUGCUGGCCGCCCUGCUCUCGGGGGGCCCCGCGCAGGCCCGCCUCCACCACCUCAGUCUCAAGGAUGACAUUCGGCAGAAAGUCCACCUCAACACGUUUGGCUUCUUCAAGGACGGGUUCAUGAGGGUCAUUGUGAACAACCUCUCUGUCACAUCAGUGGGGGAGAGAGACAAAAACGUCCAGGUGGCCUUCAGCUUAGAUCGAACACAGAAUGAUGGUUUCUCCACUUACUUGGAUGAAGAAAGGGAUUAUUGCAUCUUGAAUAGAAAGCCAAACCCUGAUGCCUUGGUCAUCAUUCUCCUCCUGGAUUUCUCAGAGAAGCUCGUGAAAGUCAAUUCUCAAGAUAAAGUUCCACAGUUGCCGCAAAUCAUCUUUACUGAGCCUCGGGGAAUUGGUCCUUCAGGAACUGCUCAGAAGUCUGAGCCAAAGCAGUCACCCAAGCAAAAUACGACGGAAGUCCAGGAGCCUGCUGAACGAACGCACCCAAUCCAAAGCAGGAACAACAGCUUUUCCUUCCAGUUCAACGUCAGUUCGGAGAAACAAGAAGGACUUUAUAGCCUUUAUUUCCACAAAUGCGUACAGGGAAAUAUGCAGAACGAACAAGUCCCCUUCAGCCUGGACAUAUCCAUCACAGAGCAGAAUCCAAACAGCUACCUCUCAGCUGGAGAAAUCCCGCUUCCCAAGCUGUACAUUUCCAUGGCAUUUUUCUUCUUCGUCUCUGGGGUGGUGUGGAUCCACACCCUUCGGAAGCGCAGGGCUGAUGUUUUUAAGAUCCAUUGGCUAAUGGCUUCUCUUCCUUUCACCAAGUCCCUUUCUUUAGUCUUCCAUGCGAUCGAUUAUCACUACAUCUCCACACAGGGCUACCCCAUUGAAGGCUGGGCUGUUGUCUAUUACAUCACGCAUCUGUUGAAAGGCGCUCUGCUGUUCAUCACCAUCGCUCUCAUUGGUACAGGCUGGGCCUUUAUUAAACAUAUCCUCUCCGAUAAGGACAAGAAGAUUUUCAUGAUUGUAAUCCCGUUGCAGGUCUUGGCAAACGUCGCUUUUAUCAUCAUUGAAUCUACAGAAGAAGGCACGACAGAAUACGGGCUGUGGAAGGAGAUCCUUUUCCUGGUAGAUCUGCUCUGCUGUGGAGCCAUCCUGUUCCCCGUUGUGUGGUCGAUCCGACACUUACAGGAAGCUUCUGCAACUGAUGGGAAAGCUGCCAUUAACUUAGCAAAGUUGAAGCUCUUCAGACACUAUUAUGUCAUGAUUGUGUGUUAUAUUUACUUCACCCGAAUCAUCGCCAUCCUCAUCAAGAUAGCAGUCCCGUUCCAAUGGAAGUGGCUUUACCAGCUGUUGGAUGAAAUGGCAACCUUGGUGUUCUUUGUCCUCACUGGCUAUAAGUUCCGGCCGGCCUCCGACAACCCUUACCUGCAGCUUUCUCAGGAAGACGACAGCUUCGACGUGGAAUCUGUGGUGACCACCUCGGGCGUCAUGGAGGGCAUGAAGAAAGUCAAGAAAGUCGUCAACGGCUCAGCGGAGCCCCACGGCGAGAGAAAAGGCUCGGCGUGACGGACUGAUCUUCUCCUCCUCUCCCCCAGCAACACAAUCCUCCUCUCUACCCCCUCCCUCCCUUACAACAAGGCAGCACUUUCCAAUGAACUGUAAUUUAUUGAUCGAUCGCUUCCCUCUACGGAUAGCACGGAAGCAAGUCAACCUUCCCAGAAUGAAAACUGCAGACGUUGGGCUGGGUGGUGGUGGUUGGGGGGGGGGGGAAUCAGGGACAAAAUACAGCAACGAAAGGAGAGUCAAAACCCUCUUUGUUCCACUGUCUCAAGGAUUGGGGUUUCCUUCUGGUGCCUGAGGAAGGUUUAAAGGACAGAUGAUGGCGAUGGCUUUUUUUUUUUAAGAAAAGUUUUUACACUCCCCCCCUUCUCCCCCCCCUUUCUUUUGGGUUGCCCUAAUUCAGAGCACGAUUUCAAAAAAGGAUUGUUCUCUGUUGGGUUUCUUGAGAGAGAGGCAGAUGUGAAAAGUGAUCAGAGACGUGGGCGCGCGGGUCCCGCAAUGUACGUUGCUUUCUGAAAUGCAAAAAUAGGGUUGAUUAAGUGUGUGCUCGAGAGGCAAAUGAUGCCGCAGGAAAGCUCGGGGCCUUUGGGAGUCCUUCGGUGGCUGGCUUGGAUACUUCCUGCUGGGUUCGGUCGUUUCCCCCUUACUUUUUGCCGCUUUCAACUUUCAUUGGAAAGGAGGGCAAGCGAGGAAUUUUGGCUUUCGGACGGCAGAAACGGAAGCUGUGUUUUUAAGGCCACGUAGCUGCCAGAUCAGCAAGGGAUGCCGGGGUUCUCUUCCUCCAUCAGGUUGGGUGAACAUGUUCGCUCAGUCCAGGUGUCCGGAAUGCAUGCAACAGCACAGAGGUCCAAAGAGGAGGCUUAUUUUUCUUCCAGUUCUCUUUGUGGCCAAGCGGGGAAAGAGCUUGCAGUUAGUUCACGGGGAGAAAAGAGAAGAAAACGACAUUGUUGACCGUGCAGAACUCGCCAUAAUUUGCCGAUCUCUGGAAUUCCUCUCAUUACGCUCUGUGAAGCUAUUGUGUUCCUUGGCUGGGAAGGGUUGUCCGUUCUCAGCACGUGCUCCUGGGGGGGAAAAAAAAAGGCCCCUGCCGCUGGCUUCAGUUUACAAAAUAAGGCUCUGCUCUUCUGUCGCAUGGCCAAGGAAGCAGCUGGAGCAAGCACAAUCUGAAGCACGUGUGGGUCGGUCAGCAGAAGUGCGGCGGACCGCGUCUGGGGAAAAGUGGGUGGUGUGCCCGCUGUUCGUAUUUCCCCCUCCCCUCCCUGACUGCACUGUGUAUCCUUGCCUUUGAUCAAGGCUGUGUUCACACAACGUGCUAAGCCAUAAACCAUGGUUUAAAAGCCAUCGUGGCUGGGCCCAAACCAACAAACUGCAUUCUGUCUUAGUUUGCUGUGUGAACCUGGCCAUCACUGUGAGCCAUAAUGUGGCUUCUCCGUCUUUGGCUUGACAUGCAGUGUGAGUGUGGCCGUUGUGCGCUUGGUCACUUGGAUUUAGCUUGUUGCAUAGACACCCAUCGUGGCAUUUCGGAAGGUAUCUGGCAAGGUCUUCUGUUAAAUCAAGCAGAGCUCCUAAGAUCUGCAAAAUCUGAAGGCGUGUCAUCCAAACCUCAGUUCAUAGGGGUUGACGCUUCUAGCAGCUGAUGGUUGAGAUUUUAGAUGGGUGGUUCUCCAAAUCUGGAGCUUAGAUAUUUGGGGCCGCAGCCGUUUGGAGGGCACAGCGAAUUGGGCUAAGCUGCCACAAGCUUGGAGAGCCGUUUCAACUAGAGAAGAUGAGCAUUAGCUUGUUUCUUUUCGCAGUAGUCACUAAAGAAAUGAAAUCCAUGAAGUCAAACUGAGCCAGGAAGCAGUGUGGUUUUACGGCUUUUAGGAAGAAGGUACACUUGAGUUUGAAAUUGUUGGAUCCUUUCUCAUCCCAGCAGCUGAGUGAGUCAACUGCUGAACAUGUCUAUAUCCCAGAGAUCUAGGAUGCCUUGGGGAAGGAUAUUAUUUAAGCUUUAUUGCUAACCCUUCUUGUUAAGCUCUGUUGCUUCACGUUAAGCUCUGUUGCUUAACACAUUAAGCUCUAUCACUGACUCUUGUCCUUGUUAAGCUCUAUUGCUGACCCUUCUUGUUAAACUCUAUCUUGCCUUCUCCUUGUUAAGCUCUAUCUCUGACCCUUCUUGUUAAGCUCAGUCACUAACCCUUCUCCUUGUUAAGCUCUAUCUCUGACCCUUCUUGUUAAGCUCUAUCACUAGCCCUUCUCCUUGUUAAGCUCUAUCACUAACGCUUCUUGUUAAGCUCUAUCACUAGCCCUUCUCCUUGUUAAGCUCUAUCACUAACGCUUCUUGUUAAGCUCUAUCACUAAGCCUUCUCGCUUCUUGUUUCUCUCUUGGGCUGUUGGUGAAAUUGGCAUCUGCUACAUGUAACCUAGACUGACAAACUACUCAAACCAUCCCAACAGUACAAUUGGGGGUGGGGUGGGGUGGGGUGGGGGGUGGGAUUAGUUACAGGUGGCAGCUUUCUCUUUCGUGGGACUGUAAAUCUGCAAGAUACGCUCUAUGGUUCAGCUGGCUCACGUGGCGUACCCUGAGACGUGUCUAGAAGGCACAGAUUUCCCGACCCCGCUGUUAGUUAAUAUUUGACAUAAUUAUUCUACACACUGUCUGGUUAUAAAAGCGAAAGGAAACCAUGCUUUGGCCUGUUUUUGAACUGGGCAUUUGUGGCAUUGCAUCCAUGGUGUGGCUUUCCCUUCUGCCGGCUGAGCGCCAGAUUCGGCUUUGUUUUGCACGAGGCACACGGAAGUGGGUUUCAGACGCCCCGUUAAGCCGUAACGCUCCAUUAGUGAAAAGACUUGGGGAGACAGCCCCAAACAGUUCGCCUUGAGAACGUUGAGCUACCUGGUAGCCUUCGAAUGAAUUUCCACUCGUCCUUCCAGCAGACCUCUGGGAAUCCUGAUGGCAGUUGUUCUGCCCUCCCUCCCUAAAGCUGCCUUGAUAUCUGUCUGCUCUGUACCAGCCCUUCUAUUCCCAGCAUGGCCAGGCAUCCUGGGGAAGCGUGUCUGCAAAAGGCAUUUGGUGCAUUGCAGCAUUUUCACGAUGCAACCUGGGUAGGAAAGGGAAAACUGCUUCUCUCCCCCCCCCUCAUCACCCCCCCCCUUUUCCCUAAGCAAGCAGGACAAAAUUGAAGAUGAAAGCUGGCAGCGUAUUCUCCACGGAGGAUCCCCUUGAGCACACAAUGCCUCACACUUAGCUGGAAACCCCCCUGCCCCUGUCAAGUGCCCAAGGGAGAGGACUGCCUUCCUGUUUGGGCAUACCUUCCUUUUGGAAACCGGCAAAAGAUCCUUCCAUGCCCAGGAUGGGAAUUUUGAUGGGACCCGAAAGAGUCAGGAAGUGGUCUGAGAGAAGUCAAAUCUUCUCCCCCCUUCCAAUGCCAUGGGCUGCCUUUCGAGGUUUGUUAAGGGACCUUUGAAAUCCUGGGUCCAAGCUCCAGAAAAGAGGCUUGUGCACCGUUGCCUAAAAUUCAUUUCUUGCUGGAAUGAGCAAGGUUUCCGGGCUUUUCAAGCCAAAGUUUUGAUUUGUUUUGGGGGGCGGGGCUUGAGAGAGAAGAAGUUUGGCGUCUGUUGGGGUUGGGCUACCAUGCGUCUGUUUGGAGCAACAUGCCUUAAGAAUCUGGCUUUUUCCACCCCGUUUUUGAGUUUCUGUCCUGCGGUGUCUUUCAUUUACAGCACCUCUUCAUUGUUUUUUUCUCCGAGCUUCACUCUAGCGUUUUCCUAGUCCAUUCCUGAAAUAUUUGGGCAUCUCGCCUUAAAGUGAGUCUGAGAAGACCAUGAGCAGCCGAAGGACGAAUUCAAUCCUGGGUGAAGCUGCCUGGUUCAGCAUGGAACAGAAGUUUAUUACUUGUUUUCUCUCUGCCCAUUUCAUUACCAGGGAGGGGAGCAUGAACAUGCCACCCUCUUUAAGAGCUCAAAACCUCUGAUUUCUUUUAGAAAACAGAAGUGUGUAUAUUUGGAUUUUUUUUUUAAUGGGGAAAUUCCUUUGUUUAGCAUCUCGAGGGGUUUUUGUUCUUUUUUUAUUUCCUUUUUUUUUUUAAUGAAAUACCAGUAUUUCUGUGAUAGAGGCUAAUACCAACUGAAGGUUUUUAUUUCCUUUCUAUGUAAUGUGGUUUUCCUGCUGUGGAACGGGUGUACAAAUUAAAGAAUUCAUAACGAA